AGCUUGGGCGGGGGAACGGGCUCAGCUGGUUCCAUGGAGCCCCUGGGCAUGACCCAGCUGUGUGCGUAGGCUUGGCAUGCAACCACGGGGCUGAAAGGGGGGGCCUGAGCUCUGUGUGGGCCCAGCUCCCUGCGGGACAGCGCUUUCUGCCGCCCCCCACCCUGCUCCCUGCAGAGCCCCCACCCGGCAGACCUCACCCUGCUCCCUGCAGGACCCGCUCCUCUAUGGGAUAGUGCCCACUGUGGGCCCCCCAUCCUGCUUCCUAUGGGACAGUCUCUUUUGCGGGGCCCCCACCCGCUCCAUGCAGACCCCCCACCCUGCCCCCUGCAGGACAGCGCCUCCUGUGGGCCCCCCACCCUGCUCCCUGUGGGACAGCGCCCCCUGCGGGGCCCCCCAUUCUGCUCCCUGCGGGAGUGGGGCUCCCACUCUGCAGCACUGCACCCCCUGCAGACCUCCAUCCUGCUCCCUGCGGGGCCUGAGCCUACUCCCUACGGGACAGCCUCCCCUGAAGACCCCCCCACCUUUUUUUUUUGCGUGCUGGGCGCUGGGCCCCGAGGACAGCCUGUUGGAUCCAGCACCUAUUUCUGCUCCCCGUGGGACAGCCUCCCCUGCGGGCCCCCCAGCCUGUUCCCUGCGGGGUCCCAAACCUGCUCCCUACAGGACAGCGCCCCCUGCAGGCACCCACCCUGCUCCCUGUGUGACCGUGCCCCCAUCCUACUCCCUAGGGGGCUCCCAAACUGCAGCACUGCACCCCCUGCAGACCUCCACCCUGCUCCCUGUGGGACAGCCUCCCUGUGGAGUCCCCACCCUGCUCCCUGCGUUAGGGCCGUGGCCCAUGGGCUGCUGGUGGUGGUGGGAAAUGCUCCGUGGAGAGUAAACAGCGGGUGAAGGGCCAGGGUGUGUUUCAGGAGCCAAGCUGCAGCCAGGCGUUGAUAUCAUCACAGGAGCUCAGGAAGUGCUGUCUGGGACCCAGGCGCAGGGCGUGGGGACCAGCUGGCUUAGUGGGGUGGGGAAUGGAAGAUGGGGCUGGGACCCUGUCUCCUGUCUGUCCCCAGUGCGGGGGUCAGGGGCUGGGAACAGGGCAUGGGGCCUCUUCCUUCUAGGAGAUUCUUAUCUGGCCCAGUUUAUGACCAAACAUCCCAGCAUUGCCUGGUCAGUAACAAAGCUCGAGGUGCCCUGUGCUGUUGGUCCUGCAGCAGUGAGGGCAGCAUGGUGAUAUUAGUCUGGGAUGUGUGUGACUCUGUUUCCCCACUCACUGUGCAGGCUGUAGGUGGAGGGUUGAAUUUCUCCUGGAGGGAGCGGGGAGAGAAGGGUCACACAGGCAGCAAUGCACUACCUAGAACUAUCCCCAUGUCACCGGAGGACAAAGGACCGGCCGGUAACUCAGCAGCGGAGACCCCAUGGAGCCCGCUGGGUAGCUACUGGGCACGGGGCCGGGAGGUAGGAGCCAGCUGGGAUCCGAGGCUCUGGCUGCCCAGGGCCGGGGCAGCGAGGGGGAGGCUGGGUUUGGGAGCGGCAGGGCAGCCAAUGCGCUUCUCAGUUAACACUGACUUUAGGCCCCUUCAGCCCAGGUUGCAGGUGAGUAAGAGGUGGUGGCUUGGUUUGCCAGGCUGGCUUUUACCAUUGCAGAUACCUGCUGGUGGCAUCUCUCCCGAGGGCCUGCUGGGCAGCCAGGGGAAGAAAUGGGUGCUUUAUCCGACAGGCUGUCCUUGGGGGCCCAGUGCUUGGCACACGAGAAGAGGGCACUGCUGCAGAGACAGCUGGCACCCCUGUGAAUCCAGGCCGGGCAGCUGGCAGAGGUGGAGGGCUGACCAGGCCCUGGGAGGCUGUAUGUUUGAGGUCUCUCCAUCCUCACCCCUCUUGGGGCCCGGGAGAUGCUGAUCUGACACCGUCCAGCUUGGCACCCAACCCCUCAACAGAUGGAAAAUCCCCCCGGGCCAGGGCCCGCUGGGUAUUAGAGAGGGAUAGGUGCACAAUACAAACAUAUCUAAGCUGCUAGGAAUGCAGUUGGUGACCGGGGAAGUAGUGGGGAAAAGUGCUCUUGGGAAAUGUUUACCCGAUAAAUUAUUUAAUGAUGGUGUAAUUAAGACUGAAGGACGUGCUGGGGGUGGCUCCCUUCUCCCAGCUCCUGAGGUUAUUAUUCAGUGCGGGGCUGGGAGACACUGUGGAAGGUGGCAGGAGCUGAGCAGGAGAGGGAGCGAGGAGCAGCAGAGAUACAGUGAAAGGAAGGGGGACAGGGGAAGGCAGAGGGGCAGAUGGAGUGAGGUAGAGACUGGAGGGGAGGAGGAUGGCCAGGGAACUGAGGACGGCCUGACCCAGCCCCGCGUGGCACAGCAUCUCCUACUGAUUCCCGGGACUUGGAAGGGUCCCCGGCCAGGCCUGGGUUCGGCUGAGGGCCUGGCGUCGGCUGUGGCUGCCUAGGAUUAGUUAGGGUCAUCUGUGGUGGGGGUCUCCCUAGUCUGGGACCGGUUAGGCGAGGGAGGACAGGAGAGGGCUGGGGCUAGCAGGGCAUUGUGGAGGGGCUGUAGGGUGUGAGCCCAGGGUAAGGCCCAGCUGUAUUGCACAACCCAGCCCUCCUGGCGCAUGUGUGAAUGGAGCCACUCCUGGCGGUGAAGUUCGGCUGCGUGGUGGCUCUGCUGCUCAUCACCCUCGUCUGCGGCCUCAUCCCGGCCCAGGUCAAGUGGUUCCAGAUCAAAGCGGCCAAAGGGCGGCACCGGCGCAUCCUGAGCUACAUCGGCUGCUUCGCAGCAGGGGUCUUCCUGGGGGCCUGCCUCAUGCACACAGCGGCCGAUGCGCUGACAGACAUCCAGGGGGAGCUGAGCAAGCGAUUGCAGCAGGCUGUUGCUGGGCAGAACUUGACGGGGACACAGAACAACUCGUCUAAGGCCAGUGCUUGUGGGGCUGAGCUGGAUUACCCCUUCGCGGAGCUUGUCAUCUCCCUCGGCUUCUUCCUCGUCUUCCUCACUGAGAGCCUGGUGCUGCACUGCUGCCACUCAGCUCCACCGACCCAUGGGGCCCCAGGCAAGGACCCUGCCUGCUCAGCCCCCAGUGUCCCCUCUGUCCCGCACUCCCAUGGGGUCCCGGUGCCUGGUGGCCCCUCACCUGGCUCCUUCCGGGCCCUGGUGCUCUUCAUCACUCUGUCACUGCACUCACUCUUCGAGGGGCUGGCAGUGGGGGUGCAGCAGGGUGAGGCGGGGGCCCUCCAGCUCUGCCUGGCCGUGCUGGUCCACAAGGGCGUGAUUGCCUUCAGCCUGGGGCUGCAGCUGGUGCAAAGUGGCACCCGGCCCCGCUGCAGGCUGCUCUACCUGGGCAUCUUCGCCCUCAUGUCCCCCUCCGGCAUGGCCGUGGGCAUCGGGCUCUCUCUCUCGGGCGGAGCAGCCGGUGGGCUGGCCAUGGCCCUGCUGGAGGGGGUGGCGGCUGGCACUUUCCUGUACAUCACCUUCCUGGAGAUCCUGCCCCAUGAGCUGAGCUCCAGAGAGCCGCCCCUGGCCAAGUUCUCCUUCAUCGCACUGGGCUUCACUGUCAUGGCCACCAUCGCCAUCUGGGCCUGAGGGGGAGGUAGGACUGUUCCCAUGUCCUGCAGAGACUGACCCCAAAUGGUGUUUCCCCUCUAGGGGGCAUAGGAUGACCAGAUAGCAAGUGUGAAAAAUUGGGACGGGGUGGGGGGUAAUAGGUGCCUAUAUAAGAAAAAGCCCCCAAAAUUGAGGCAUCUGGUUACCCUAAGGGGGUGUCAGCUCCCGUCCGGCACCUGGGCAGGGGACUGGCUGGAUUGGGGGGUGGGGAAGGGGACAUGGGGCCUUUCCCCUCUAGGGGGUGCCGGCUCUCAUCUGGCCCCAGGACAGGGACUGGCUGGUUCAGAAGGCUGGGGCCUGGGGCCUUUCCCCUCUAGGGGGCACCAGCCCCAGGACAGGGACUGGGACACCUAGUGGUUGUCCACUGGCUUGUGUGACACAAGCUGGGAGGUUCUCAGUGUGUUUCCAGAUGGCCCAGGUGGCUCCCAUCCCAGCUGUUGAGCCAGCCAGCUCCUUUGAGUCCUAGGAGCAAAGUAAUCUCCCCACCGCCCCGUACUGGGGUCUGUCCCUCUCUCCUGGUGUCUGGGCCUCUGAACAGGCUGAUGAGUCUGCCCUAGCCAGGCUAACAGAGCAAGAGCCUUUAGCUCAGUCAGUACAGGCUCGUGGGCUUAGCAUCAGGGGUGGUGAGUUUAAUUCCCCGCUGCUGGUUACCCGUCCUGCAGCAUGGUGUUACAGAGCUGAACUCCCUCUCGCUCUCCAGGGCUACAGCCCAUGGGCAGCGCUGCACCAACCCCGCAGCUCACCCCUUCCUCCAGGGCUUAGGUUGCCAAAACUGCCUAGGGGUGUUGGGUGCCUGCUUCCCCUGCCUAGCAAUUGCUGUCCAAAUCCCUUAGGCAACUUGAAGAGGGCCAGCCAGGGGACUCCUAACAGCGUGGGUCCCUUGGAUGCAGCUGAUGCCACGUAGGGUUGCCAGCCCUCCCUUAAUUAAAGAUCAUGUCACAGGAUGAAACCUCCAGGAAUCUCUGCAACCCUAGUGCCAAGGCCAGGGUGUGAGAUGAAACCACAAUCUCUGCGCAGCUUGUGAACCGUGGAUUCCUUGGCCCUUGCAGAGACUCCUGGGAAAUAGCUGGAAGCCCAAUUACAAUUGGAAAUAAGGCUCCAUUUUUUGUAACUGGGAGGGUGAUUAACCCAUGGAACAAACUCCCUGGGGCCUUUCGGGAAGACGCUUUAGCCAAAUGUCCGUUCCUGAGCUCAGUGCUGGGGGAGCUGGGUGGAAUUUAGCAGCCUGUGGUAGACAGGAGGUCGGACUGCAGCUUGGUGGCCUUCCAAACACCCGGCUCAUGGGUGCCUGUUUUUGAGACCAUUUGUUCAAUGGAUGUUGCCGCUGCAAUAAAUAAUGGCUCGUG